AUGGAUCGAGUCUCCAAACGGCCGUGGUUCCGAAAGACCCGCAACGCUGUGUGUCACUGCGCCGCGUUCAUCGUCGGCUCUACCUACGAGGACGAACGAGUGGCGUUCACUGCUCCCAAACUCGUGAAGAACGACGCCUAUCGCGACCGACUGCUUGUUCCCGAGAUCGAAGACUUGGUCGCCUUGUGUGACGCGCUUCGGCUCGCGCUACCGCAACGAAAAGCGUACUUCCAGUGCUUCUUGCACGUUGACUUCAUGCGACGCUCGAGCAUUUCACGAGCUGAGCUCUUGCGAUAUUGCAAUCUACGAGCCACACCGCUCACGAGUUUCUUGCUGCCGAAUGCCGAGGAAGCGACGCAUCGAGAUACGGCACAUAAUCGUUGGGAUAUCAUGCAGUUAAUGGCAGUGUGCUUCUCCAUUUGUACUGCAGACAUUGUCGAGGUACGUGGUCGUUCGUUGGAAUAA